AUGAAAACUUUCCAAAAUUUCUAUAUCUACUUAAUGGCCACUUUGACCCUCCUUGUCUCUGCCGACCCGUUGGAACAUAGCUCCUGCUACAGCAACCCAGGUAGCUUGAAAAACCAAGGCACAUACCUCGACCAGAGUUGGGAUGAUUGUUUCGAUUUAUGCGAAAGGCAGGAUGCAGACGCGUUCGCCGUACAUGCGGGCACAGAAUGCUGGUGCGGCAAUUCCUUGCCAGACGCGAAGUACCGCAUCCCGUCUCAUAAAUGCAAUAUUGACUGUCCAGGGGGCCCAUUUUCAAAGUGUGGUGGGAAAGAUUCGUGGAACAUCUUUCCGCUCCAUCGAGUUCCCCACGUUGCCAGCACUAGCUCUAGUUCGACUUCGACUGCUUCGAAAUCCUCCCUGCCCAGCACUACGCGAUCUACGUCGGCCGCAGUUUCGGAGUCUACUUCGCAGAGUGCCUCGCCCAGUGCUGCAUCACCCUCCACCUCAAAUUCCGCUGCCACCCGUCGGUUCAAACCUCCUUUUAUAUUCUAA